UCCUUUUAGUUGUCAACAACGAGUGUUAAAAGGUAUUAGGUAAAAGCAGCUGACAGUGAAUAGCAGUAAAUACUUUAUAAAACCUUCUACAGACAGUUUUGUCGAACAAAUCUUUGUUUUGUAGUCCGUUUUGUCACAAUCGUGAGCUGCGGUCACCCGGAUGGCAAACAAACAGAAUGUGCUGUGAAUUGUUCUUUUAUCUCGCCUUCAGCCAAGUAAACCAUAUGUGACUUAUAUCUGAUGUGGCCUGUCAUCAGUUCUCACUUCAUCCAUGUGUAUUAUCUUCCUCAAGUUUGACCCCCGGCCUGCGUCCAAAAAUGCCUACAGGCUCAUUUUGGCUGCAAACAGAGAUGAGUUUUACGCCAGACCAUCCAAAGCUGCAGACUUCUGGGGGAGCAACAAUGAGAUCCUCAGUGGUCUGGACCUGGAGUGUGGGAAGGAGGGAGGAUCGUGGCUCGGGAUCAGCAAGUUGGGCAAACUCGCCGCGAUCACAAACUACAUGGAAGGACGACCCAACCCCGACGCUAAAGGAAGAGGAUUCCUAGUGUCUAACUACCUUAUGGAAAAGGAUAUGGACAGCUACUCCUACCUGAAGAAGGUUUCUGCAGACGGCCAGCUGUACAACGGCUUCAACCUCAUCACGGCAGAGUUCAAAGCCAAACAAGACACAGUGUGUUACUAUGGAAACAAAGGCAGUCCGGAACCCAUCCGUCUCAAUCCAGCAGGAAUCUACGGCUUAAGUAAUUCCCUACUGGAUACUCCGUGGAGGAAACUUCUCCAGGGCAAGCAGCACUUCAGCACCGUCGUCAACGACCCGUCUCUGUCCUGUGACGGGCUGGUGGAAGAGCUGCUUAACGUCCUCAAUAACCAGGAUCUGAACACGCCUGAUCCGGUUCAGGAAUCGCAGGGCGACGGCUACAGCAGCUCCAUGAUCCGGGCUCUCUCAGCCGUGUGUGUUCGCUCCCCAAACUACGGCACAAGGACCAAUACAAUAAUCCUGAUGCAUGCAGAAGGGAACGUUACCUACGAGCGAACCAUGCUCAACUGUGACACCAGCAAAUGGAGCAGCAACUCUUUCCAGUUCCACCUGCAGGCGUGAUCUGAGGAUGGAGGAUUCCCCACUCUGUGCCUUUUUCUGCACCUUCUUUUCUUCCACGUCCUCCUGCCGGUUCCUGCAGCCGCACG